GCAAGAAUUGACAAAUUGUAAGAGUAAAUGACGGAAAACAUUCGAUAACAAUAAAACGUGGGAAGACCAAGAGCGAUCAGAGGAAAAGGUGACACCAAGAUAAUUGACCUUCGAGACUGUGUUUAUCAAAGAGUCUCCAACGGAACAAGUAUUAAGGGAUCUCAAAAUGAUGUUUAGAUUCCGUUCAUGCCUCAUGCUAGAGUUAACAGCUUGACAUUUAGACGGAUUAAGUAUACGACCAUUAUUAACAGAAGAACAAUCAAUACGAGACAAAAGGCGGCAUUUGACUCUGUUGAUCGUGAGGUUCUAUGGCAGUGUUUGUCACUGAAACGAGUACCAAAGAAGUACAUUAACCUUAUACAGAUUCUCUACUCGAACACAACUGAUCGAGUGAGAGCUUAUGGCGAACAGUCAUCAGAAUUGAUUACCUCAAGUGGUGUUCGUCAGGGCUGUUCACUCUCUCCAUUCUUGUUCAACUUUGUCGUCGACGUACUUUUAGAGAUAACACUUUCCUCGUCUAAAUUUCCAGGAGUUAAACUUCUACCGGGAGGUUCACUUGUUGACUUAGAAUAUGAUGAUGACAGUUUUAUUUGGUGAAGACGCUGACAAAAUGCAGAGUCUUCUGACCACUCUAAGCAACAAUGCAAGCAUGUUCGGGAUUCGAUUCUCCCCCAAGAAAUGCGAAAUGUUGAUUCAGGAUUGGGCUGCAUUGACACCCCAACUAAUGAUAGGGAGUGAAGUAAUUGAGCGUGUCGAUCGCUUCACUUAUCUUGGAAGUCUCAUCAGCCCUUGUGGUCUGGUGUGUGACGAAGUCUCAGCACGGAUACAGAAGGCUCGACUAGCUUUUACCAUCUUGCGUCAUUUAUGGCGUAGGCAAGAUAUCCGUCUACCAACCAAAGGACGUGUUUACUGCGCAGCAGUUCGUUCCGUCCUACUUUAUGGCAGUGAAAUAUGGCCGGUAAGAGUAGAGGAUAUCCAUAGGUUACUAGUAUUUGAUCAUAGGUGUCUUCGAAAUAUUGCUCGUAUAUCCUGGGACCAUCGAGUAAGUAAUGCAGUUGUUAGGAAACGGGUACUAGGUAAGGAUGGAAAAUCAACUGAUGACGUAGUGAAACUUCAUCAGUUGAGAUGGCUGGGACACGUGUUACGUAUGCUCAACCACCGACUACCUCGACGUGCGAUGUUCAGUGGUAUAGGAGUAGAUUGGAAGAAAGCUAGGGGCGGCCAGACCAAAACAUGGCACAAGUUCAUGAAGUCACUGACAAGUGGACUGAGUCAUAUUGGUAGGUGUAGACUACCUGGUUGGGGACUGCGAGAUGAUAGCAACCGAUGGUUAGAGACCCUGAAUGACAUGGCUCCAAAUCGUUUGCAAUGGCGCAGGUGCAUACACCCUUUGCGUUCUCCCAAAUUCUAAUCUUCUG